UGGGGGUUAACGCAGUGGGAAGAGAUGGCAGGCACUUCAGAUGAGAGCACAAAUGUAUUGGGUUUUCAUGAAAUGGGACUGGAUGACCGAAUUUUGAAAGCUGUUGCUAAACUAGGCUGGUCGUCCCCAACACCAAUCCAGGAAAGAGCAAUUCCUCUUGCCCUCGAGGGGAAGGAUGUUUUGGCUAGAGCACGAACAGGUUCUGGAAAGACAGCAGCUUUCGUGAUUCCAGUUGUCCAAAAAAUCCUUCUGGCAAAACAAACAGCCACAGAGCAGUGUGUCCGAGCACUGGUCAUGACCCCAUCCAAAGAACUCUGUAAGCAAGCCUAUAACAACAUACAGGAAUUGACCAGUUAUUGUUCUAGAGAAAUUAAGUGUACAGACAUAUCCCCCCAUGUUCCUCUAUUACAACAGAAGCCACUGUUAAUGGAGAAGCCUGAUAUUGUUGUUGGCACCCCCAGUCGAGUAUUGGCACACUUGACUGCUGGAAACCUCAGUGUAAAAGAAACUAUGGAGCUAUUGGUGAUUGAUGAAGCAGAUCUGCUCUUUUCAUUUGGAUAUGAACAGGAUGUGAAGAAACUGCUGGAACAUCUUCCAAAAAUAUAUCAAGCCUUCUUGAUGUCAGCAACGCUAAGUGAGGAUGUGAAAGCCCUGAAGAAGUUGGUUCUGCACAACGCCGUGAUAUUAAAAUUGGAAGAAUCACAACUGCCAGAGGCCACACAACUUACUCAGUAUCAUAUCAAAUGCGAAGAUGAUGAUAAAUUUGCUUUAAUCUACACAUUGUUGAAACUACGAUUAAUUAGAGGGAAAUCCAUCAUUUUUGUCAAUUCUGUAAACAAAUCAUACAGGUUGAAGCUAUUUUUAGAACAGUUUGGGAUUCUGUCGUGUGUAUUGAAUUCAGAACUUCCCACAGCCUCCAGAUGCCACAUUGUGACACAGUUCAACGAUGGUUUGUAUGACAUCAUCAUAGCGUCUGAUGAAACCAUGUUAUCAGAUCCCCAGGAAAAACCUCAGCACAUCAAGAAGGGCAAAAGAAUUCAUAAAAAGGAUGAAGAAUAUGGUGUAUCUCGAGGGAUAGAUUUCCGGCAUGUCUCAAAUGUAAUCAACUUUGAUUUUCCAGUCACUGUUGAUGCGUAUAUACACAGAGUAGGCAGAACAGCUCGUGGGGACAGUGAAGGGACAGCCUUGUCGUUUGUCAACAUGAAAGAGAUGGCGCAGCUAAAACUGGUGGAAGAUGCUUUGUCAGAUUCCUAUGGUGACGGGGAGGAUAUGUUCAAACCAUUUCAAUUUAGAAUGGAGGAGAUCGAGGGCUUCCGGUACAGAGCCAAGGAUGCAUUAAGAGCAGUUACAAAGGUGGCCAUCAGAGAAGCUCGUUUGAAAGAAAUCAAACAAGAAUUGUUGAACUCCAAAAAGUUAAAGUCCUAUUUUGAAGAUAACCCCAGAGACUUACAACUGCUGAGACAUGACAAAAGUCUUCAUACAGUCAAGAAUCAGCCACAGUUAAAAAAUGUACCAGAUUACCUAGUUCCCCCCACCCUGAAGGGUCUCAGCAGAAAUGGCGGUCGCAAUAAAUCUCGCAGGUCAGGACAGUCUAAUGAUAGAAAAGCACCUGCCAUAACCCAAGGUCAAAGAAAAUUCCAGAAGCGACAAGCAGAUCCACUGAAGAGUUUCCAGUUUGCUGGCCUAAGUCAGAGUAAAAAAAAGAAAAAGAAAUAAACCUUCAAUUGAUUAUUGUGCAUGCAUUACUGAAUAAAUUUUAUGCUGAUGUAAAGGUAAA